AUGUCAAACACCCAGCAGGCUAGUGGAAACUCUGAACUCAAGCGCUCUCUUGAGAAACGUUUCUAUGAGCCCAUUCUUCUCUUGGACGCUCUCCAAUCCAUAUAUCUUGGUGAGGACCGGGUGACUGAGCCCGAUCUGGAAGCACCGACUGGCAAAUCACCACAGCAGAUCUUCUUUUGCUUCGCCAACAAACUCAGCCAGAUAUGUGAUAAUCGUCCUAGGCAGGACCUGGGGGCAACCGUCACUGCGUUUGCCAUAUUGGACUCUGGUACUGUUGAGUACUGGUUUACUUCCAACCAACGAGAUCAACAGGAGUUGAACAUUGCCAAGGACUUCGUGGAAGGUAUCCUCAAUCUGCUUGGCAGUGUCCCGGAUGAGCAGCUUGCAAACAAGUCUAGCACACCCAGUAUUUUCUCUGACAUUCUUCAGCGAAUUCUUAUUUUCAACCGGCCUCGGAUCGAGCUUUAUCUCAGCGAGCUCUGUGGCAAAGAUGGCGAGACAUUUCCUUGGUGCAUCAAGUACGCUCGAAGAGAAGAUUCCUCUGAAGGGGCGUGCGUUGCUGAUGCUCUCGAGGGUCUGAAGCCACAUGUGGAGGCAGUUCAACGGUCUCUUUGUAGUGACAGUCACGAAUUUACCAAGCAUGCAGAGUCACUUCUACGCUGCAUCGACGCGCACUACCCAUGUCUAGAUAUCUAUAUGAAGAAGAAAACUCGUGGGGAGAACUAUGUGCGUGAUAGCCGCUGGAGUGAGCUUCGCCAUUUUCUCAGUCGUCUGCUCUCUCUUUUCAUUGCCGUGAGAGUCCUGAUAAAUGCACGCGAACUCUGGCCUCAGCUGUUUGUUAAUUUUAUCGUCAAAUCAUUGCCUUCAACGGAACCAGCCCCAGCUCCCGUUGUUCGCAGGAAUGCCAACGGAAUCAUCAGCCGAAUGGGUUCUGAGACCGCAACAAGACCCUAUAAGCUACACGCUGAGACUUUGCAGAAGGAUAAGAAUCUAGACCAGCGCAUCGCCCAGCGUGCCCAUCCUAAAAAGUUUCGCCCUAUCGUCCACGCCGAGGUCAACCUUCUGGACCAGAUCCUCCGUCGUCAAGCUCAGUCUGACCUGGAGGAAGAUGAUGGGGUGCGCUUUUUCAACGAAGCAGAGUUUGGUCGCUAUAUAGGCACGAGUAAACCAACAUGCAUGCUCUGUCACUUAUGGUUCUCUGACCAUCCAUCUGGCGUUCGUUGCCGCGAAACACAUGGCAAUCUUUAUUAUAACUGGCGUGCCCCAAACGUGUAUGACCUUGAUGACCGUGAGGCUAUUAAGCAACGCGAUCUUAUCCUUAAUGGUAUGGUCAAGAAGAUACGCCAGCAGGCUUUCCGGGUUAUCGAAGAGCGCUCGUUCACUCGGCGACGGCACGACUCACGCGAUACCGCCACGAACCCUCUGGGAAGCACAGUCCGAGACACCGACAGUGUCAUUCCUAGCGUUGGUGAAGAUGACCAUUACUCGUUUACAAAGUUCAAGCGAGAGUUCAGCAUUGUUGUCGAUGAUGCUGAUAGCCGAUUAGCAGCUGGGUUAACUGAGAUCAGUCUCAAUGAUGUGAUGUCUCCCGAUAAGAGCAAUUCAGGCACAACUCCCGCAAUACGCGCAAACGGACGAUCACUCAAGUCUGCUCGCCGUAGGCCGAUCAUAGUAGAGGAUGAAGAUGAUGAGGAGAAUGGAGGAGCCAUGCUAUAA